GUCAUUUCCGCACACAUGGUAGUUGGUAUGGCAACGCCAGGCUUUGCUUUGAGAUAGUAAGGUCGCAGAAUAACAGCUGAGCAUGUUAUGACAACGUGAGGGUUUCGAUAGCACGUAGUAGCGACAUUUCUUUAGAUAAAGUUGACAGAGUUUGGGAUUCUUUUUUUUUAUGUCUUUGAAACUACACCAAUGUCCUCUUGUACACACGAAGAGUUAGAACUCAGCCAGAAACAUGAAGAUAUACUGGGAAAAAGAGCAUUACUGCUGCAGCAGAUGGAAGCGCACUAUGAACAGCAGAAGGCUAAGAAGAAACAGAAGUGUCUGAUGUCUCAAGCAGCGAAGGAGAGGAAUGCUCAGAUCCUUAAGGAUCUACAGAAUGCUGAAAAAAAACUACAAACCAGACCGCUUCUUCAUCCGGAUAUUAUCAACCUUGAGACCCGUUAUUGGGCCUCAGUUGAAAGGAAACUGCCAGAAUGGGAGCAGUAUUUGCUUGGGAAAGGACAGCCGCCGUCUAUCGUCCCUCCAUGGAGGGAGAGAUUGCAGAGCGUGACCUAGCCUAAUUGGAUGAUCAAACCAGUUCAGGGUGACACAGAGUGGCGGCUUGACAAACGUGAUCAUCUGGAUGGUCAGGGUUGAAGUGGUGGUGGUUGGCAGCUGCCCUUCCUCCUCAGCUGGGACUCCUGCCCCUGAGGUCAGGGCACCAGUCGAGGCUUCCAAAUUGGCGGGGGGGUUGAGUUGGCUGCAGAGGGGUCGAGAAUUCUGGGUGUGGGUGGAGGGCAAGACAGCAAAUUAUCUAAAAGGGUUUUGAAGAGCACGAUCUGGAGCCCUUCCAAAUGACUAGUUCUGCAUUAUGUAUUCUAAUGGGGAAAGCCCUGAGGUGGUUUGGCUACGGACACCACUGCCAACUGAGGCUGUCAGAGCUCAGGCACAGGCCAAGGCCAAAUGUUGUAGAUCAGCUCCGGGCUUCAGUCACCUGGCCAUCAGCCAGAUCUCCAUAACAUUAUCAUAAGAUAGGAGAACAAAGUUGUUUAGUACUGAAUAUCUUGUGUCUUUAUAAAAAAUAAAUAAAAAAAUAAAUAAAAUAAAAAACGUUAGUUGCUGUUGCGAUCGUAUCAGUUGAAACAAGAAAGCAUAAUUAUAUUGUGUGAAUUUUGCAUUAAUUUUUCUGAUUAAAAUAUAUAAUGACAUUUUUGAGUAUAAUCUUUGAUAAUUAGAUCUUUGAAACAGUAUAAAUAUUUUAAAUUCUCCUUAGCAAAACAAGUUAGUCUUCCAUCAGAAACAUACCACCCAUUGCUCCCAAAGGAGCUUUUCACAACUAAAGAUCUUUGUCAAUGUAGUGCACUUAAACACGAAUAGCUUUUGCUCAGGAGCCUGUUGGGGAAUUUUCUCCAUUCUUGAAACUAUUAUUCCAGCACUAGUGCUGGUCAUAAGGGGACUCCUGUUGUGUUUUUGUUCUGGCUAACUUAUACGUCAUUCUGUUUUGUAUUGAUUUUGAGUUUCAGUAUUGUUAUUUUCCUCCUUACCUCACUGGAACCCGUUAAUCUGAGUGUUAAAAACAUCCACUUCAUCCCAACAUUUGUUGUAGUAGUUUAUGAGUGCAUGUGCUUGUGUGUGUGUUGUCACACAAAUAUGCUAAAUAUAUUUAGUUUAUAUGGAUUGGAGUAAAUUCUGAUCAGAAAUCCACCCGGGCUGGGCGUAAAAUCACAGCCUAAAGGAUCAGUCAGUGACACAUCGCUUUAUUUAUCAAAUCCUCUGCAUUCUAACUUGGUGUAUUGAAGAGAAUACCAGCUUAUCAGCAGGGUUUUUGGUCUGAGUUAAUUAAGACCCAUCCAUUGGGAAACAGGGAGUGGAGAUUGUCCUAAAAGGGCAUCCUGGGUCAAAAGAUUAGCACCGGACAUCCCAGAUUUGCUGAUCCUGCCAAACAAUGAGACGGAUUUCAGGUCAUUCCUCUAUAGAAGCAAUACAGCAAUUUAAACAGAUAACUAUUGGAGAGCUUUAGAUUUCAUUUAUCAGCUUCCUUUGGCUCACAUCCCUUAUUUCCUAACACAAUUCAUCACUUGCAUUUAUAUUUAUGUAACAAGGCAAUGAGAUUGUUGAAUUUGGAACAGAUUGUUUUGAGGUCAGACCUUCGUGUCUUUAAAGACACUGUGGGUAAAGAGUUGGACGAGGGGACAGAAGGUCCCCUUCAGCUGCGUGGCCUGAAGCCCUCAAGACUGCUUCUGAAUGGAGGUCAUACCCGAGACUGACAUUGAUGUAAUUCCGGCGAGGCAGAGUCCCGGCGCUCCGCUACCAUGCGGCUGCCUUGACACCUUAAAGCAAUAAAGCUCCUUCUCUGAGCGUGCCCUUGACGAGCAGGCCGAACGCAUGCAGCGAAGGGGCACCGCUGCCUGCCACUCACGGGCCUGCGUUGGUAAUGUCUGAUCCCACUCAUUUAGGAAUAGGGAAUGUGAACACACGAAGCUUGUUUCCAUGUGUACAUCCAUGUGUAAACAAGGAUCUCUGGAAUUAUUACAAAAGAGAAAUCUAGUUUAAUAUUUGUGUCAAGUUCUUUGUAUUUAACAGUUGAUUGACAAGAGUCUUUAAAUUUAUAUUGUUCAAAGGCUUUUUUUUUUUUUUUACAAAAAUGUGUGGUGUAACCAAUUAAAAAUUGCCUUGUUUAAUUGUUAAAAGUUUUUGAAUCACAUUUUUCAAGGUAAAUAUAUUUUACAAAAAUCAUGAUUUUGUUCAGUAUAAAGUGAUGUUACUCCAUUUGACCUAAACUGUGAAAAAUACUGCUGCAAUAAAUUAUCACAACUUAAAUUUCAUCAUUAAAAUAACUAAUAAUGUGUGUGAAAAAAACAAAACAAAAAAAAAAACCUUAAAAGCAAGUGCUUGUGCUGCUUUAAAUUUUUAAUUUCAGUCAAUUUGGAUAUAUCUUAAUGAAAAAAGAAAAAAACGCUAAAUUUUAAGUUGUGAUAACUAAUUGCAACAAUCAUUUUUACAUGCCUUUUCAUAAAAUGGUCAAAAUAUGUGAUGAUUUUUCUAAUGACUUUGGGUAUGCUAAAGUCUGUUAUUUUUUUAUAUGGUUUUCUUGUCACAUGACAACAAAAUGGCUUCUUGCAUGUUUGUUAUACCACUUUGAUUUAGCUUAUAAAACAUUUUCAAAUAGGCUAUUCAUAUAUAUUUUAGGACAAACUAAUUCAUUAUUACUUCAUUAUUACUAUUAAAGAAAUAAUAAUAAAAGAUUUUUCCGCGAAUUUUCAA